UGUGUGUGUUUGAGAGUUUGUGUGUACUCGGCUUCCUGCUGCUGCUCGGUGUCCACACAUCCUCCGUCUCGUCAGUGUUGAUCGGCUCGCCAUGGCGGAACGACGUAGAGAACAGCCGCCCCAUCCUCUCCUCUCCUUACCACCGGCCAGCAAGCGACCCUGCCUGCGCCCUGCUCCCCGAGGUCCCGGCCCGGGGCCCGGCCACGGCAGCGGGUUGCCCAGCUCCCGGUAUCGUUCCCCGGAGUCCCUUCUGGACUGCGCCGCGAAGGCAGUAGCGGAAAAGUGGGCCUUCGAGAGAGUAGAGGAGCGCUUCGAGCGGAUCCCGGAGCCCGUCCAGCGCCGCAUCGUCUACUGGUCUUUUCCUCGCAACGAAAAGGAAAUAUGCAUGUACUCUUCGUUUCAGUGCCGAGUCGCCGGCGAGGAGGGUCCGUCGGCGGCAACCGGCGGGGCUGGGGGUUCUGGGUCCGGAGCUACCACCGCCGGUGGCGGCGGAGGAGCUACCGGUACGACGGCUACCGUGGGGGCAGCCGGAUCAGUGGGAACGGGAGACGGACUGCCUUUCCGCCGGGGUAUCAGGCUGCUAGAGACCGGCUGUGUGGAAAACGUUUUACAAGUUGGGUUUCACCUCAGUGGCACAGUAACUGAGCCCGCCACAUCAUCAGAGCCGGAGGUCACCCACAAAGUGGCCAUCAGCUUCGACCGAUGCAAGAUCACCUCCGUCACCUGUGGUUGCGGGAACAGAGACAUUUUCUAUUGCGCCCACGUGGUGGCGCUCUCUCUUUACCGCAUUCGCAAGCCUGAACAGGUGAAGCUGCGGUUGCCCAUCUCAGAGACGUUGUUCCAGAUGAACAGAGAUCAGCUGCAGAAGCUGGUCCAGUACCUGAUCACAGCCCACCACACUGAGGUGCUGCCCACUGCUCAGAAACUUGCCGACGAGAUCCUCUCCUCCAACUCUGAGAUCAACCAGGUCCAUGGUGCUCCGGACCCGACUGCAGGCGCCAGCAUCGACGAUGACAACUGCUGGCAUCUGGACGAGGAUCAAGUCCGGGAGCAAGUGAAACAGUUUCUGUCACAGGGAGGAUAUUAUGGUUCUGGGAAGCAACUCAACUCCAUGUUCGCCAAGGUGAGGGAGAUGCUAAGAAUGCGAGACUCCAACGGUGCCCGAAUGCUGACGCUCAUAACGGAACAGUUCAUGGCAGACCCACGGCUGUCACUAUGGAGACAGCAGGGCACGGGCAUGACGGACAAGUGCCGGCAGCUCUGGGAUGAGCUAGGUGCAUUGUGGGUGUGCGUGGUGCUAAAUCCCCACUGUAAGAGCGAGGAGAAGAGCGGCUGGCUGAAGCAGCUAAAGAAAUGGGGCGACAUGGACGUCUGCCCGCUGGAGGACGGCAACUACGGCAGCGAGCUUCCAAACAUCACCAACGCUCUGCCGCAGAGCAACCUGGCACAGGAUUCUCUGUCCAGGCCAAGGAGGUCGGUAUUCAGCCGGGCUGUCGAGGCCUGCGACCUCCACUGGCAGGACAGCCACCUCCAGAGGAUCAUCAGCAGCGACUACUACAUGUCUCCAUCCUACCAGAGAGAGGGGGAGAGCCUGCUGUUCAACCCACAGGGCCUGCCGCUUUGGCUAGACCAUGUCCCGACUGCAUGCGCUCGCGUCGACGCUCUGCGUUCCCACGGUUAUUCCAGGGAAGCAUUGCGAUUGGCCGUCGCCAUCAUCAACACGCUCCGCCUCCAACAGCAGAGACAGAUGGACAUCUACAAGCACCAAAAGAAAGAGAUUCGCCAGAGGGGCGUGACUUCUACCACCAACCUAGAAGGCUGGGUGGGCCAUCCCUUAGACCCGAUUGGCUGUCUGUUCACCACGCUCACCGAAACCUGCCGCGUGGACGACGACAACACCAUGGAUACCGGAGAAGGUGACACCCGGCCUCCGGUCUACCACCACGUACCAGUGUGGGGCAGUCCUGAUGGAGGGGAGUCCUACCUGACUUUGGCCUUAGAGGUGGCUCUGAUGGGAAUGGGCCAGCAGAGGAUAAUGCCUGAGGGCCUAUAUGCUCAGGAUAAGGUGUGUCGUAAUGAGGAGCAGAUUGUUGCAAAACUUCAAGAACUGGAGCUGGAUGACCUCCUGGUUCAGACUCUUCGGAAACAGGCCAUACAGCUGCUAGAAGCUGGGCCGUUCAGCGGUCUAGGUGAGGUCAUCCACAGGGAGAGUGUUCCCAUGCACACCUUCGCCAAGUACCUCUUCUCUGCCCUGCUGCCACAUGACGCAGACCUGGCAUAUAAGCUGGCUCUCCGCGCCAUGAGGCUGCCGGUGCUGGAGUCCUCAGCAGGCUCCGGGGACGUGGGCCACCCUCAUCACGGCAUCUCCAUAGUCCCAAGUAGAUACCCGCGCUGGUUCACACUGGGACACCUGGAGUCCCAGCAGUGUGAGCUGGCCUCCACCAUGCUCACUGCUGCUAAAGGUGACAUGUUGAGGUUACGGACGGUGCUGGAGGCCAUCCAGAAAAACAUCCACUCCUCUUCCUUAAUCUUCAAGCUGGCCCAGGACGCCUUUAAGAUAGCCACACCCGCAGACAACCCGCCUGAUAUAACUCUGCUCAACGUGGCACUGGAGCUAGGGCUGCAGGUGAUGAGGAUGACUCUGUCGACACUGAACUGGAGAAGGAGAGAGAUGGUUCGAUGGCUGGUAACCUGUGCCACAGAAGUCGGUCUGCGGGCGUUGGUGAGCAUCUUACAGAGCUGGUACACCCUCUUCACACCGACCGAGGCCACCAGCAUCGUGGCGGCCACCGUCAUGUCCCAUAACACCAUCCUGCGCCUCAGCCUCGACUACCCCCAGCGCGAGGAGCUGGCCAGCUGUGCCAGGACCCUAGCCCUGCAGUGCGCCAUGAAGGAUCCCCAGAACUGCGCUCUGUCAGCUCUGACGCUCUGCGAGAAGGACCACAUCGCCUUCGAGACAGCCUACCAGAUCGUCAUCGACGCAGCGUCCACGGGUAUGACCUACUCCCAGCUGUUCACCAUCGCGAGGUACAUGGAACACAGAGGAUACCCGCUGCGGUCCUUCAAGUUGGCCUCCCUCGCCAUGACCCACCUUAACCUGGCUUACAACCAGGACACACACCCAGCUAUUAACGACGUGCUCUGGGCCUGCGCGCUCAGCCACUCCCUGGGUAAAAAUGAGCUCGCAGCCAUUAUCCCGCUGGUGGUGAAGAGUGUGCACUGCGCCACGGUGCUGUCUGACAUCCUGCGGCGGUGCACCAUGACGGCGCCGGGUCUCGCCGGCAUUCCCGGGAGAAGGAACUCUGGGAAGCUAAUGUCGACGGACAAAGCGCCGUUGCGGCAGCUCCUAGACGCCACGAUCUCGGCGUACAUCAACACCACGCACUCUCGACUGACGCACAUCAGUCCGCGGCACUACGGAGAGUUCAUAGAGUUCCUGAGCAAAGCACGGGAGACUUUCCUGCUGGCACAGGACGGCCACAUUCAGUUCGCCCAGUUCAUAGACAACCUGAAACAGAUCUACAAGGGCAAGAAGAAACUGAUGAUGUUGGUCAGGGAGAGAUUCGGCUGACCUCAGCCCUUCCUCACAGGGACCCUCGUCUUGGGAAGUAGUUACACUUAUUUGUUUCUAUUUAAGGUUUUUUUUUGAUUCCUUGUAUUUUAACUUCUUAUGUUGAGCCAUUUGUUGAUUAAGUCUUAAGUUUUUGUCCUGUUUUGUUGUUUUGUUUCUUGAAUGUGAACCAGGAAGUGUUCACAGUACAUUGCUCUACUUCAUUGAGAUAGCAAAAGAGGGAAACGGCUUGAAAUGUUAAAGAAACAACAACAACAAAAACAAAGCAUUUUUUUUCUCCCUUCAACUAAUGUUAAAUCUAGUAUGAAAAAGUCAAAGAUUGUGAUUUUUUUUUCUUCGGUUUUUCAGUGGCACAUGACGAUUUGAAAACCAAAAGAUUUUGUUGGAUGGGGUACUUUGAGCCAGGAGACGCUUUCAGCUGGGGUUUAGAAGAAGAAGAGGAAGUGGUUUUCAAAGUGGAAGGAAAAUGUUGUUCCAAAAGAGAAAAAAAACCCCACUGUGGUCAAAAACGCAUAGUGUUACUGUCAUACCUCGACUGUAUUAUUUGUCAGCUUUAACUUCUCUGUCAGAAAUGGCCUCUUGUUUCAUUCAGGACAUGUUAGUAGUAAUAGUAGAGGGGGCAGAAUACAGAACGACACAUGCGGUCUCUCUGUAGAAGACAUCAGUACCAACAGCUUUAUAAACCUGACUAAAGCCACUCUAGACUCGCUCCUACCCUCUUCACCUGCUGGUCAGUACUUUUCCUUAAGAUUAUCUUCAGAGGAAGAACCAUGUUGCUUCACAGAGUGCAUGUUUUCAAAUCCAGAAGCCUGAGAGUAACAUUACUCAGGCUAUUCUAGCUAAGGUAGAGUAGUUGAGGCUCCACAUGCACAUAUGCAGUAUAUACAGUUUAUCUCGUAUGUCCUCCUAUAAGCUUAUUGACAGUGAAAAUACACAACUGUGAUGAAUGAUGGGGCCACAGUAUUCCCAUCUUUAGAGCUAGCUACCACUGCACUGCUGUACAGCUAUUUAUGGCCAAAACCUUCUAAAAUCUAUAGGACUCCAAUGGUCACCUUUCACUCGCUAGAUCAAGAUUUAGUCAAUAAGCAAUAUAAGUCUGCGCUUUAUUUUUUUAUCACCUAGCGGCGUUUAUUUCACCUUCUUGUAUUCUGUUUGGAAGCUUGAGAACAUAUUGGGACCUUGUUGAUUUCACUGAUUGCUAGUUGUUAACUCUGCCUGUAGCUUAAGUCCCUUUUCCAUCUCAAUAACUUUUGCCAGAACUCUGGUAAGAGUUUCUUUCCUGGAACUUUUUCAUGAACCAAGAGCAUUACCCCAUUAUAAGAUCAGAAAUCUGGUUGGAAUGUUGGAUCUUUUGGUCAUAGUUCCUACCCCUAAAGCCCCGGCAACCCACGUAGUACUUUUUUUUACCAAUUGCUAUGAGUUCUUGGGGUGACCUGUACAGUAGCUACCAUUGCUGGUUGAUCAAAUAAGCACUAUUUAAGUAAAACAGCCAGAAUUUUCUACCAUUAAUGUAGCAACAAGAGGUAAUAUGUGCUAAACAAUUAAAUAAUAUUGGACUACUAACAAGGUAGAAGCUCUGCCUUGUAUAUCUAGAAUUGAAAAGCCUACCAAGAUAUAUUUUUAAUGAAUGUAUAGUAGAACUAGGCUUUUACCACUCUGCACUAAUUAAAAUUGUUAUGUUAACAAAAGAUCAAUUCAUACUGUGUAAUGUGAGAAGGUUGUUUAAAGUAACAACCCCACAGAGACUUAUCACCCAACUCCGCUGUUCCCCUCAACGCUACGAAGCUUUUUAGCGUAAUUUAGCUAAUUGUUUAGAUUUGCCCGGCCUACAAAUACAGCAAAGAAGCUAGCACCGGCUGCCUCGAGCUAAACAGUAGACAAAGUUAGCAGCUAGCUGGUGGACAUAGCGUAGCAUUUAACUGCUACACAGUCAGUGGAGACCAAAAUUGAGCUAAAAUAGUAGACUUACAUUUGUUAGGCGGCCAGAACCACGACAGCAAAAGAAUGCUAAUGUUGCUCCAUCUCUGCUAUAUGUGUAAACUGUUUGCUAACACGUUAGCCAUAGCAACUUUGUACGGUGGUUUGAGUAUUGUUUGGAUAAACUAAAACAAGAAAUUAAAAGGCUAAUAUCUAAAUAAAAAAAAAUGAAAUACAGUAAUUGCAGUAAUCACACUAGUCCCCAAUUAUGGCUAAAGCACAGAACAUGCUUAGUUGAUGCUGAAUUUUUAGAUUCCUCCAGUUCCCUGGUCUCUUAUGAUGGAAAAGGGUCUAUAGUUACUAAAGCCACUUACCUGUGAAUGUUAUUGGUUGUGAUCAUUCUGGUCUUUCUCAAAGGGUUAUUGAUUCACAGUGCAAACCCAACAAAUACUGUACGUUUUAUGACUUGAUGACUUAAGCUUGCAUAUUUGAGACCACAUGCCUUGGCACAGGAAGUUAUUUGUUCUGUAUGAGGGAUGAUCAUGCUUCCUUUUCCUUCGCAGUGGCUAAGUGUUGUUGUUAAUGGCAGUAUACAGUACAGCAAGAGUUUGAAUAUUUACCGGUCGGACUAAAUGUCAUCGUACAAGCACUUCACACAAAUACCUCUUCAGUACGUUCCUGCCUGCUUCAGCAUUUAUUUAUUGAUUGUUUAGUAACUGUAUGACUUGUGUAGAAAAAUCGCAGACACACAAACAGAACGCAACGAGCGAGUUGGCCUGUCGAUGGCAGGAUAAUAAAAGAAAAAGGGUUUUUGAAUGGUGGAACAUUUUCUUGUCUGCUUUUACAUUCCAUGAGAGCUAUCUUCACCCACUACCCGGGUAGUCAGUCACAACUCUGGGCCUUUUCGAUCUGAAGAAACGCAGAUAGAAGAAUGAAACAAGGAAAACUGAGCAAAAGAAAGAAAAGAGAGGCUAAACUCAGUUCUCAGGGACAUCACUUAAAGAAACAAAACAAAAAGUAGUAGCAUUAAGCAUUUAAGAUAUUGUAAAUAUGAAAGUGUCAAUUCAGAAAAUUGUAAAGUUAUAAUUAUUUAUGAUAAGUAUGUUUAUGUGUUUGUUUUUAUUUUAUUUUUAUGUUGUUUUUUUUGCCGAGGGUGUACUUGAAUUGUUUUGGACGGGGAAUUUGACAGCGUUUUUUGUAAGGGCAAAGACUUCAAGGCAUUUCUCAGGUGCUCCUGUGUACAUUUCUUUCCGUUUGUUUUUGCUAUAAUAACUAUUAUUAUUUGUAUUUUUUUGAUUUACAAAGACAAAAAAAGUCUGUUUUCCAAAAGGAAGCAUGCUAUUCGGAGUUGAGGAAAAUGAGGAAGGCGUUCAUUUGUAAACGGAUACGUACUAAACCUGACUAUGCAGAACCACUUAGAUGGUCUUGUCACCUCUUUAAGAUGGCCCCCCCCAAAAAAGUUGUGAAAGAAGAGACUCAGUGGACUGAACCACUAUUAAUGAGACGGGGGGACGGACAAAGACAAGACCCAGCAUGCUUGUAUUUGGACAAUGUGCAGUAGCCAGCCUGCAUACGCUGCAACAUUUAGAGGGGAGAAGAAAAAAAAAAAAAAAUGAAAAUGGUGGAAAAUGCCUUUGUGACCGAUCAAUGUACAAAGUUUAUUUUUGCUUUACUUCUUUGUUGGUUUUAUUUAAUCAGGACUCAAGCCUUCAGUGUCUUCUCAGAGGUGUCGUGUGGCAGCACCGCAGUGAGACAGAACCAUACACAAAAUGUCAGAGUCGGAAACAGCAACCGUGUGAACAAAAGGAGGCUUUCCUAACUCCCUUCAGAGUUCUCCCUCUUCUAUCUCAUUAUCAUACUUUCUUUAUCUAAUCUUCAGUUGUUCACCGCCUCACCCCCUCUCACACAGGUAGGAGCAGUGCAUCCAUGGGUCAGUGACCAGCUUUCAGCACAGCCACUUCCCCUCUGUUGUCCUACCUUCAAGCGCUCGAGGCAGCAGUGCACUGCAGCAGCGUUGUAUCUGCUCAAAGUCAACGUUUGACAAAAACAACUAGUGGGUUUUCACUUUUUUUUUUGCUGCAAAGGUUCUACAUAAUGAGGAUUAAAAAAAAUAUUUUUUUUAUUUUUUUUUUUGGCUCCCACUUUAGCAUGAUGAUGCUGUUUUCCUCAAUCAAAAAUGAAAGAGGGAUAUCGUUUUACCACUUUCUUAACUUAGAAGCUCCAGGUAGCUGCCUUUUAUGUGAUGCAUUAACUGAGAGCAUUACAACAAAGAGGUUCCUCCCUCUAACUUGAUCUCUGUUUUUCUGUCUGUUAAUUGCCAGUUCUUAUUGUUUCCCUUUCUUUUUCUUUCUUUCUUUCUCUUUCUUAUGAGAGUACUAUUUGCUGGUAGAGAUCUAGAUCACCUACUGUUUCCCAGUUUGGUUUUUUUUUGGAUUCUUUCUAACUUUAAGGGAAAAUUGAAAGUGUUUGUUGCCUCUUUGUGCUACUGAUUAUGAAAAGGUAUUUCCAGUAUUUGUUGCCACAGAAGUAUGAUAGCUUAUCAUCGACACUUGUUUUUUUUGUUUUCAAAUUAUUUUUUUUGUGCAACUUCUUGAGCUACUGUCUAUAAAGCGAGAAUUUAUUACUAUUUAUGUAACGCUACUACCAUUUUAUAUUGAUUUGUGUUGGAAUCUCAGUGCUUUUCUAUGAAUAAAGUGUGAAACACGUUA